GAAGGCCAAAGUGUACAUUGUUUGCAGAUAGGACGAGACUACGCAAAAUCUGUCAAAUCUGUUCCACUGGUUUCACUUUGUACUUACUCCGAUUUUGCUCUAAAUCUGAGUGAAAAGAAAAUAGGUAGAGAGUGAGAGAGAGAGAUGGAAAAACCAUGAAAAAAGAGAGCAACCAGCCUUAAAAAAAACUGUAAGGGAGUGCACCAGAUCGUAAUGCGUGUACCAAUUUAGGCUUUAUUUCAAAAGUAAGCAAGUAACUUGUAUUUUUCAUUCUGUGUCAUUUUACCUCCAUUGAUGUGUGAAGUGUGUUCUUUCAUCCCUAGAAUUCUCUGAUUAUUGCUUCUGUUGGUCAAGAGGUAAUGUCCUGACAGUAGGAGGAAAUGGCAUAUGAGCUGAACAGUAUGUACAUAAAACGUGAAGCUCCUACGCCCUUAGAAGUGCAUUCUCGGAAUGUUUGUUUCGUUUGUGGGAGUGCUGGACAUCGAGACUAUUACUGGCUGCGUGUCAAGGCAAACCCAGAAAAUCCAUCGGAACCUUUUUUUCCAUUCUUAAAUUGUCAUGAACCACCGGCAGGAUAUCCUGGACCUCUUCAUGAUUCAGUCGUUGCUGCCUGCUUCUUGUGCUACUCCCUUUUGUUACAACAAUGGGAUCGACAUCAGAUGGAUGACACACCCCAUUCUCAGCGCUUGUAUUGGUUGAAGCGCUCUGAUAAUGGUGCUUUCACCGGUGCAGAUAUGACAUCUCAGGGAGAGUAUGCGGCUCAGUUGCUUGGCUUAAAUCUAGAUCCGACUGUACAACGCAGAGAGCCUGCCCCCUCGUUACCGACAGAUGAGCAGUCCAAUAAACUAAUCUUAGCAGGACCAGGAACCACCUGCGCCUCCUCGGAGCCGCCUCUGGAUCUAACUCAAUCUCCAUCAACCUCACAUUCAUUGAUGAAUGGCGCCAACUCCAACCCAGGCAGCUACAGCAGCACCGGAACAGAUAUUCUGGAUCUUUCCAUGCCAGACAAAAACUCUCUAACUGAAGUCUGCUACAUCUGCGGUGAUGAAUUCAAAAGAGGUACUCUUCGCCAGAUUGCUGUCAAGCCUCUGACAGAUAAUAGUCAGUGUUCGACAAGUAACGGCAAUCAGUGCAUACCAGCCAGCAAAGAGCCUUACUUUCCUAGCUUAAUGUUUCACCCUCGGCCGAGUCGAUCUAGACCAGUUGACAGCUCAGGAAGGGUUCAAGCCUGUGAUUUAUGUCAUUCACAUUUGCUGCACCAGUGGCAGGCUUACACAGCAGAAGGAAUUCCGCACUCCGAGAGGGAUUAUGUUCUUCGGAAACGAGCCACUCCUUCGCUUGAUUCAACCACUUUUGUUUGUUACACUUGUGGCUUGGAGUAUCCAUCUAGUUGCCUCAGACUCUUAUACUGUUGUCCUAAUUCUGAGAAAGAAGCAUAUUACCCAUUUUUGUAUAGUGUGAAGCCACCUCCUGGAGCUAGUCCUAUAUCUCCUCAAGGAAUGGUUCAAGUUUGUUCCAUAUGCUACAAGUCAGUGCCACAGAAACACGCUAGUGGAAGUGCCAGUAACCUGAAUGUUACUGUCACCGAUGCAAGGUUACCUACACCCCCUCAGUCGCCCCAAGUGUACUCUCGUCAAGUGAAAUCACCGGCAGACAUUCGAUUUAAGCCUUAUGAAAUUUCCAAACACGGCAAAAACUCAAAUACCUCAUCCAAACCAAAUUCAACCAUUGCAAAUGCCUCAGUCGUUGAUUCUCUACCCAGUAGCACUCCAGCAAGUACGGCAGCUUCAAACGUAUCUGGAGUCAACCAAGGACCCUCAAUGCAGAGAACAAUCUCUGCAGCCUCCGCAUCUUCCAGUUACAAUUGUUAUGUUUGUCUAAACUCUGUCCCAGGUUCCCAAUUAGAAUGGCUCAGUACAAGUGCUGAAGGUUUAAAUUCUCAUGCUAUGCAUUUUCCAUGCCUACGUUACCUAUCUAGGUCUUCAGAAAAUUGCUGCAUAGAUUCACAUGGCCGUGUUCUAACUUGUGUAAAUUGUGCGCAGCAUUUAGGUAAACAAUGGGAAUCAAUGGAAGCUGAACGGAUUCCGCUUGAACGUAGGAAUUACAAUUUAGGUGUAAAUGGGUCUAGCGUUUGCUCAAUAGCUCCAAAUAGUAACAGUUCUACCUCCUCUUCCAUGUAUUGCUUCCUGUGUGGUCUUCACUCUGAUCUGACUCUCGCUCGAGUCCUCUACGCUCGUCCACAGGGUCGCAAUGCACCUUAUUUUCCCUCGCUCCUGCAACAUAAGUCACCCUUGAAUGCAGAGCAGUUGAGAGAUGACAAGUCAGCCUUAGUUUGUACAUUUUGUUACCACUCAAUGGUGUCCCAAUGGCGUCGCUAUGAACAGACAAGCACACCAAGCGAUGAUCGUCAUUACAAUUUUCAUGAUUAUUCAUGUAGUUUAUGUAAAACCAUUACAUAUAGACGCAGAGUUCGUGCUUUACCUGUAAAAGAUUAUUCAUUCAUUCUGCAUCAAGUUGACAAGCCUUUACUCAUCGAAAAUAACGAUUACGCGGUAGUGUGUCUAGAUUGUUAUGAAACGUUGAGAAAACAAGCGUUAGAAUAUGAACGAUGGGGCCUUCCAGUAGAUAAAAGAGAAUAUAAUUGGCUUGCUCAACCUCCUCCGCCUGAAGACAGCCCAGAAGUGUCAGUUGCAAGAUUACCCUCGGGUCAGCGGUCUGAUAAAAUAGUUCCAGUAUCCUUACCAAAUCGAUCCAGUAAUAAAAAUGGUCCAUCGAAACAGGCAGAUAGGAAAAGCUCAAGUCUACAUAUGCAAAAUCCCUCCGGCAAAUUAGAUCAAGGGUUGGUCAAAUCCCCAGCAGGAGGAGUCGGGACGAAACCACACCAUCAUACCAUACCUGGCCCGGGUCCUGGGCCCGGUCCUGGCCCUGGAGCUCCGCCCUCGCAGAGCUCAGGGAAUCGUUCCUUUGCAGCCGCUUUACGUAACUUAGCCAAGCAGGCUGGCCCAACCAAUGAUAGGAAUGAAAACGAUUCCGAGAGAGUCAGUUCACCCAAAACGCGAGGUCCUCCUCAGCCACUAGUCAGGGGUGCGUCACCCCAACCAUUAAAAGGGCAGGAUAAAGACCGCCCUGUACCUAAUAUUGGCUCUGAGCAGAGGAGCGGUUUUCAGCCGUACAGACCGCCAGAGGAUGGGAGAGGUCCGGUUUCGGUGAACGUUUCACCUGCUGGAGCUUCUCCUCAUCCUGCGUUUACCCUAGAUCCCUCGGCAGCAGCAGCGGCUGCUGCUUACAAUCCCUAUCACCAUCCUCCCACUGCCGCUGCUCUGUAUCCACCUCACCUUCAGCAUCCAUAUCGUUUGGAUGACCACUUAUACUUAGAGCGAUGUGGUAUGUCCCUUUUCCCUCCUUACCCUCCUGCUUUAUACGGAUUAAUGCCAACCCCUCUGGGACUCAUGACUCCAUCAAUGCAUGAAAGAUUGAAGUUAGAAGAAGAACAUCGUCAGCGAGAGCAAGAAAGAGAGCGAAGGGAUAAAAGCAGACGCUCCUCUCCACGAGCUUCACCCUCUCACAGCCAUGAUCACCCAGCGAGGAAAUCCCGAUCCGGAACGCCAUCAUGUACGCCGAGCACAACAAGCUCCCCUCACUUAACUGCCUCAUCCGUCGCCUCUUCUUCGUCUUUGACACCAAAAGCAUCUCCGUCACUCAAUUCAACAGUACCUUUGAUGGAACCUCAGUUCGUUCGGCCAUUCGAGGACCGAUUUCAGUCCUCGCCCACUCCCAAACAUUCCUCUCACUCGCCAUCCCUAAGUCUAUCAAAACCUUCCUGCUAUCCCCUCCACUCACCCUCAGUGACAGCAAUGAGUGAUUCAAUGAGUUUAAAAAUGAAUUCCUCAAACGACGGCUACAAGAAUCCAGGUCCUCUUGAACCGGUGUCCUACCUAAACAGUUCCAAUUUGUCGUUGAACCACGACUAUUACAAUAAUCUAUUGCCGCAGCCACCCCCGCCUCCGCUGCUCAAAUCUGAUUCUAGGAUCCUGCCAGUGCAUAGCGGUAUAGUUAAUAACUCUAGUGUAAGCAGUCUCAGUAGUAGUAAUAACGGUGGAAGUAUUAGCAAUCAAUCUCUAGUCAGUAACGAUUUGUUACCAAUUUCUUCCCUUGCGCCUUGCGUGCCCAUUUCAUCCGGUUCGCAACCUGUCCCUUUGUAUUUGAACAGUCACUCAUCUUUAGCCAAUGAUAAGUCUGAGUUACCUACGUCAUCAACCUACCCUUAUCUCCUAUCUUCCCCCUCGUCGAAUCCUUUACUCAAUAACAGGAUUCAUCCCCUUGGUAGUGAUCCGUACUACAACUCACCGGUCCUUCAACAAGCCAAGUACCCAUACCCUGUGACAACUUCAUGUAUUUCUUCAACAACUGCCAGCACGAAGCACAAAUUGAACGAUAGCCUGGCACUGUCGGAUCAUAAGCCAUCCAAUUUAAAUCACCACAGCAAUAGUAAUAGUUUCAGUAAUAAAGUUUGUAAUGCGGGCAAUAAACUCAAGCAAAAUGCAACAAUUAGUAUUAGUUCAAAUACGCUUAGUAAAGUUAACAGUUCGAGUAAAAAAACCAGUAGCAGUAAAAAAUCAAACUCAAAUAGUUUUAGUCCGAAUAAUAAAGUCAAUAAUGUGAUCAGUAAUAACAAUAGUAUUAAAGUCAACAAUAAUUUAUCGUCCAAGUCCAUGGAUAACUCAAGGCCAUCCACCAUUAUCGGCACAGCUCCCCUCUCGACACCAAAGACGAAACCUCUAGCUCUAGAUGUUUCAAAUCUCCUGUCCUCUUCGAACAAUAAUGAGUCCAACUCGAGUCAACCCACCAGUCAUGCCGUUGCCGUACCUACUGAAGAAAUUACGCCUCUUUCGAGCACAUUCACGUCAACGGCUUUUAGCGACCACUCCAAUUCAAGCGUAGAAUUCAUACCUCCUGUGUUCAGCUCACCUGAUCUCACCAAAGCUCUCUCUUCCUCCAAAGAUGUGCAGUUGACGCCCUCAGCAACUAAAAGUCACACCAAUAACAUUAUAAGCCGUUUGGACCAAGCUGAGCGAAAACGACUGAAUCCGGAAGCCAACAAUGUAGAUGAAACAGAGGAUUUUUUAUCGAAUGUAUUCUUAACAAAAGGGCCACCGGAUAAACUAGAUGCUCCUCCACGGAAGCUCAGAUUCCUGGCAAUAUUUGGUCUAACUACUUUAGCAAAACGUAAUGAUUUGGAGCUGUGUAAGUUAUCUCGGCGAAGAGCAGUCCCAACUGUUGAAAUGGAUUUUUCUAGUCAAACAGAGGCCCCGCAGGAUAAGAAUCCUCCGCAGUCUCUUGAUCUUCCCCAUCCAAUUUUGUCUCCUCGGGCUCUUACAAAUUCAAAUGAAAAGUUAUCUUACAUGGACUAUCUUGAGCUACAGUGUCUUUCUGAGCAAGAAAAGCAGGAGCAUGAAAUAAUAUGGCAAGAAAUUCUUGCUGAACGAAGGAGAAGAAAAGCAGUGACGCCAUUAGUACUUUACUGCAAUGAAGAAAUCCAGCAGAAGAACAGUUCCUUACAAGAAAAAAUGUUGAAAUGGCCUGGAAUCGAGGAGGUUCUUGUUACCUAUCAUAGCUACGCUAAAGAACGAGCUUUGGAAACGGCUGCUUUACAGGAAAAGGUGCUCAAAUUAAAAGAAAUGUUAAGUUAUUACCAAAAAGAAGCUGCACUCUUAGAUUGCCAGAUGGACGAAUUGAAAGCUACCAAUGAAAAAUUGAGCCAAGAAAAGUCGCAAACGCUGUCUCACAUCAAUAAUCUUUGCUCUUUAAUUGAUCAAAUAACGACGGUCACUUCCAGCUGUUAGUUCAAUAUUCAGUUAAGUACGAUUGUAAGUGUUCCUUUAUAAUUUUAAGCCAAUAUUUUUUCUAGCUCAAUGGUUAAUGGUUUUUUGGAUAUGAAAACAACCUCAAUUUUUUUUAUCCAUUUUUAAUCAUUACAAUUUAUACCUUUACUCAAGGGUAGCUCACAAAUUUAUCGUUGCCUCUCAGUUUUAACUAAUUUUAAAUAGGUAUUAAGUUGCCUUUUUUUCUUUCAUUUAAUUUAUUUUUCUUUCCUCUAUUGUUUUUUUCUUUACUCCAAAAAUUGCAAUUAUAUUUGAAUAAUUUUACAAUAAUUAGUUUGAAGGGGUGGGGGGAUGUCUUUGAAAUGUUUAACAUUGUACCAAUUAUGUAAUGUGCACAUCCAAUAUUUUUAAGUGAUUGGAUUAUAAAAAAAUCAGUGAGUAACUGUCGAAUUUGAAGGCCUAAAAAUGAUGAGAGCUUUUAUUUAACGAAUUUUAACAUCUCAGCUUCCUUAAGGGAAUUUUGCAUGGGGUUCCUUCAUUUGUGCUGCCAUUUUGAAUGAAAGUAACUUUUCAUAUAUUCACUUUUUUACUUUCUUUUCUAGUUGUAAUUUUAUGAAGUUCAUUGAAACUUUUAGUCAAUAUGUCAUGUCCGUGAAACUGGAAAAUAAUCGAUCUGCAAUAUUUUUGUUUAAUCAAACAGUGAAUUCUAAAAAAUAAGACAGAAAAGAAACUAUCCAAAAGAUAAGAAACAUAACCAAUGAAACUGCUUAAAUAUUUUUUUAGAAACCUAUCAAAUUUUUAAAAUGGAGAGGACAGUCUUGUAAAAUUGUACAAGUUACUAGAAUUAUUGCAAUCAUCGGCAGAAGUAAUCCGUAGUUUAUAUCAUGUCACAACUCAAAAGGUAAAAUUUUAAAAAAGUUUAAAAUGUACUUGCAUAAAAGGAAUUGUGCCGCUGAUGAUAAAAGCCUUGAAACGUAUCUGGACAAAAUAUCUUAAACUUAUGCAAGUGAAUGUGAAACCGUUUUUAACUUUUUAAAAUUUUACAUUAUUUACGAUUAUCUUGACAAAUCUAGUUUUUGUUAAAUCUGAAUGUUUUGAAUGGAUGUGUAGGGAGAAAUAACAAGAUUGAGAUCUUGAAUAAGGAGGUCAUUUCUGACAAAAAUUCUACUUUGAUCAAAUCCUUUGAAAAUUUCUUUGACCCGUAAAUUAAUCAAUUUGAUAUUUCCGGUACAAUCAGGUUUCUGCCACUCUACAUUUUCACAUGAUCAAUAAUGCAGUCAUGUACAAAUCACAUUCAAGUCCAAGUAAAAAUGUAGGAACAAAUACAUGGCCG